AUGUUGUCGAUAUCCAGCCUUAAGACCUCGCGCUCUGUGCGAUUAGCCAUCGCUAUCACCGUUUCCUUGACAUUUUCUUAUUUCUUCUAUAUGGGAUGGAAUCCACUACAUCUGGCUGUACCACCGAGAGCGGACCCCUCACUCAGCGAGCAAAAGCGUCCUUCAAUUAAUUCCAAGACUGCAAUUUUGAACAUCCCAGACAAAGUGUGGCAUUCUGCCAAAACCAACGAUGUAUCGGACAAGCAACGCGCAUGGAUCAACAGUUGGACAAAGACAAAUCCCUCAUGUCGACAAGAAUUGCUGACAGACCGCUCCGGGGAAGAAUUUGUCCGCGCCCAUUUCCAACAGACGAGACCAGAUAUUGUCGAGGUCUACGAAGCAAUCCCAAUCCCAAUCCUACGAGCAGACCUCCUUCGCUACUUGAUAGUUCUCGCGGAGGGCGGGUAUUGGAGCGACUUGGAUAUCACAGCAGAGAAGCCGAACAGCGACUGGGUGCCAGUGCAAUAUAAGCACCACAAUAUUGAUAUGAUUGUCGGAUUAGAAUUCGACUUUGCGUACCGAGGACCCGGGACAGAGGUGGCAUCCCAGUUAUGUAACUGGGUAUUUGCAGCGCAACCGUCCUCGCGCAAUCUGCAAGUGAUUGUUGACUCCGUUGUGAGCAAGUUGAAAGAGGUCGCUUAUAUCAACGGCGUCACGAUCUCGGGAAUUAAGUUAGAGAUGCUGCAGGACGUUGUCAAUGUAACCGGGCCCAAGAUUAUGACUAUUGCGAUCUUACAAAGCCUCAGUCAAUUGUUAGGCCGAACUGUCGAUGAUCGUGACUUCUCGGGCAUUAAACAACCUAAGCUAGUCGGCGAUGUUCUCAUCAUGCCGGGCGUUUCAUUCGCUGCAGCUCAAAAUGGAGACCCAACAGACCAAGGGGAUGCCUUUGUAACACAUCACUACGAAGGUUCGUGGAAGCAGGCAGAUACCGAGGCAGAAUAA